AUGAGAAGAGGUGUGAACUCAAGAAGGCGGCUGCUGUUUCCACCCAAGAUAUUUCCAGUUCUUCAGGAGAUCCUUUCCAUAGGGAAAUUUCAGUUGGUUUUAGUUUUGCAGACCAAUAUCUUUGAAAAUUUUUCACUAAAGCAGAGAAUGGCAACUCAGCUUAGUCAACAAGUUGAUGUCAACACAGUGUAUGGCUCUUUCUUCUCCCAGAAACCCUGUGAUCGCCAUGCAACCUGCAUCACUAUCACUCAGGGCCUACCUUCUACUGCUGAUGAAAUAGAGCAAAGUUCACACGAUUUCAACAGAGAUGUGCUGAGCAAAGGCCAGAGUCCCAGAAGAAAACAAGUGCAGGCUCUGAGCAAAGCUGCGCUCAUCCCGAGGGGCACCCCGCGCCCGGUCGGAGGGUCAGCGUGACCGGCCAUGAGCCCAGUGCUGUCGGAGUUCAUGAGAGAGCUCCCCGGCUGGCUCCUGCUCUGUGGCGUCUUCCUGCCCGUGACCUUGCUGCUGUUCCUUCUCAUUGCCUACUUCAGGAUCAAACUGAUGGAGGUGAAUGAAGAGCUGUCCCAGACUCCUCAACGCCAGCACAGUCACAAGGCUGGCUCUUCCCUGCACCAGAAAACGAAGUGAAGUGACUACCAGAGACGGUCAAUGGCUAGACCACAGCACAUUUCUACUGGUCAGAGAGCAAAGGUCAAUGGCUGAGCUAAUAAAGUAAGUUAAUAAACUAGAACCACAGCAAAAAUGGGAAGAAUACUAGAUGCUUGCUCUGAACCAUACUGAAAAGUGGCAGCUAUUAUCCAACAGGACAUCUCUGAGACUCAGCUUAAGUAACAAUUCUUCAGAAGAGUACCAAACAUGCAAGAUUUUCUUAGAUAUGCUCUAUGGACUGGAUCCACUGUAACUUAAACUUUUAUAGGACUAUGCUCACUCUGAAGGGAAUUAUUUUUAAAAUUCUUAAGCAUCCUCAUUACAUAAUCCCGUGGAAGCCCACGUUGUCCAUACCAGACCUCUCUGGUAGAGAGCAAAUGGAUGGCAAAGAUGAGUAUCUGGAGAGCUCUGUGGAUUCCCCAUGUGUUUUCACGUCCUCCUCUUGCAGUUUGGAGACUCAAAGGACACCUCUUCAGGCACCAUUCUGGCUCCAAGUUUACUUCUCUCCUUUUCCCAGUUGCUUUCACAAAUCAACCACCAUUGUGACAAACAACCCGCAGAACAAGCGGAGUCCCUCGGAUCCAGGGACGGACCACCCAGGAAUGUAGCUUUCAGCAUGAUGUGACUUGGAACUACUGGCAAUUUGGUGCUGGGAAAAGGAAAGAACAGAAUGUUCAUGUAAAUCACGUGGAAAAUAAUUCAAACCUUUGCUUCUAAAAUCAAAACAUCAGGAAGCUAUUUUUAAAUAUGGAGAAAAGUCAACAUUUCACUAGCAGAAUUAUUCUUUCAAUGGAAGCCCCAAAGAGCCAGCAUAGAUAACUGAAGAGAAACAUUUAACUCGAAGUGGUAAUUAAAAUAGACUGUAAUUAUUCUGCUCUCCACAGUUUUCUAGUUAACAUUAACCAAAGAUGCUUACCAUGUCCUAAGUGAAAGUCUGGGUAAACUAAUCUUUGCAUGUGAAUCUAACAGAUUAACUUGAUAAAACAUGAUGAAUUUGGUUGCCCGGAAGAAAUGCACCCAUUUCGGUAGUGACAUACAAGCAUACAAAAUUGUGUGGACCACCAAGAGCAAGAAUGCCCCACCAGUGAUGGGUAUUUUCUGCUUCUGCCCCACCCCCACUUACAAUUCUUCAUAUGCAUCCAGUGAGUUAUUGGUCUCCAUUUGCACUUCUUGCGUAAUAUAAAACUCACUGUACAAUUGAGGACACUCAUUUCUGUGUUGUAUUGCAUUUGAUUACAAUGAAAAUGUCUGCUGGGGUUUUCAGGAUGAAGUAAUUUAGAAUAACAGUGUUCAUGCCAUAUGGAAGGAAUAACAAUUUUCUUUCAGUUCUGGGAAAGAUCUCUUUUUAGCCCCUAGUGGAAAUCAGCUUGUGUAAAAAUGCUUUCUUUAACAGAAGGUGUGAAAGGAUGUAUCGUAUUCCCAGUGGCCAGCCAAUCAAUCUGUGGCUUCGCCACCAGGCUUUGCUCUGCCUUCUGGAAACAGGCACUUCAGCAGCUUGACUUUCGGUGCCAGUGGAUGCCGUCCCAUCAUCUCUGCCUCACCAGGGAAAAUGCAUUCCAUCUACUGUGGUAACGGAGGAGCUCUAAACAUACAUGUUUUCAGUGAUGGACAUAACCCAGUGGUUUAAAGCAAGACCCAUUUCUCUUGUUGCUAUUGAAUGAGAGUAAGGAAUUUCCAAUGAAAUCAUGAGAUUUGUUAGAUUUUUAUACACAGAGAGGAACAGAAACAUGUUAGAUUUCUCUUGGAGAGAACUAGUCCGAAGGGUCUCAGCAUCACGUGCUUGAAGGACUGCCGCUCAAUUUGUCAGAUCCUUUACUGAGCACAGCCAAUCGGCUGCACAGCACACCUUUGCUCUUCACGUGCUCAGAACCCAGUUUAAGAUCUCCUUCGGCUUCAGCUGUUUUGCCUCCUCAUCCUGCUGCCACCUAGACCAGACCAGCGAUCUCCUUCCAUUAUCCUACAUUUUGCUCCAUCUUAUGGUGCAAAGCCUUCCACCAGGGGCCAAAAAUGCUCACACAACCCUAGAUGGUCUCACCCAACAGUUCCUAGUCUUCGUGCUAGUUCUGAAAUAAAAAAGAAUCCCGUUUUGGCUCUGCAACAUGAGACCAUCAAUAAAAUACUUAAAUGGGUGCUCUAGGUCCUGUUUCUGUUUAUUCAAGGAAAAUUUACCAAAGAAUGAAUUUUUUUUUACAGAGCUGAAAGCUGUUAUUUUCUAUCCACCGCUCUCGUUAACAGUGUUGGUAAUUUGGGAAUCUGGUGCUAGGGAACUGCAAUCCAGGACCAUUCGUCCAUAGCCAGAACCUGUACAAGUUGAUACAACAGAAAAUUGUGCAAGGACUGGCAUACAUUAUGUUCUCCAAAAUAUUAUUUGUAACCUUCUUAACUUCCUUAUAAUCAAUCUGACCAGGUAGCAGCCACAAGUAUUUUCCAGGUAUAAUUUAGUAGCAAUUGGAAGAUCAGGAACAGAGAAAACACUCCUAUACACCAAGAACAACUUUUCCUUUAAGUCUUAAGUUCUCUGGCAAAACUGUCUUAGAAAUCAGAAUUCGUAACUGUUUUAACACAUUUUGAAAAUCAUUUUUGGUUUAGGAAGUUAGAAUUUUGAGAAAUGCUCUUGAGAUUCUUGCUUUCUGACCUUGUAAUCAGUGUGUUCAUCAGAUUAAGACCUCUUAGUUUUAUCAGAAUUCACACAAUGACAUGUACCCUGGCAAAUGAGCUCAAAUAGAAUAGGCAACAUGCCCUCAAAGUCUUAUUUAUAAUUACCACCAGCUUGGGAAUUUAAAAGUAUUCUCUCCAUUGUUUUUUUAUCAAUUGUUCCAAUCCACAUUCCCAAAUCCAGAUUAUUAAAAGCAGAGGAUCCUAACCUGUAUUUAGGUAGUAAGGCCUUUUGAGAAUUUGAUUGAAGUCAGGGAUCAUCUCUAGGAAAAAUGGAUAUGCCCAUAAUUUUGUACCUACACAGGGCAAGUUUAGCCCCAUGAAGCCCAUCCAGUAAUCUGUGGGUAGGAAGCCUGUGGCCAGUCUUAUCAAAGUAUUUGUGCUGCCUCUUACACCAGCCAUCUUAGUUGGCCCCACGCAAUAGAGGAUGUGUCAAUCAUAAGGGGUUCCUGACACUAUAGGAUUCACAGGACAGUCAGGCCCACACACCUGCACAGCCAGAGGCUUCCCAAGCAAUCUCAUAAUAGCAUAGAAUUCUAGUACAGAAGCCAUCAGAAAGGCAGUAUCUUCCAUAAAUUUGCCCUUGGUGGAUUAAUUUGUGCCAUGCUCUUACUACUCAUUACAGCUACCUUUUUGAGGGCAUUACUUUGCUGGGAACUCCACGAGGCAUUGUAAACAUUUUUAUUUCAUCUCCCCACCAGAAUACCCCCAUAUUGGGAUGCACCAUUACCUUCAUUUUAUAGGUGUUAAAAUGUCUUCAUUGAAGUCACAUGGCUCACUCAGCAGAUUCAAACACCCAUCUGUCAGAUUCUGAGACCAGUGUUUUUGAAGCAAAAUUUCACAUUAUACAACUUGAGGCUGCUGUAAAUCUAACCUGGCAUCAUAACUAUACCUAGGGCCAGUGCUUUUGAUCAUGUGGCCAAGGGUCAGAAGUUGGACACCCAGGAAUUGUCAGAUGGCCAUGUUCUCUUCUGGAGCCAACUCUCCACCAGGGCCUAAAUCCAGCAAAUAUGUGAACAUGUAAACACAAGGAUCCAUGCAAGUCCACACUGACUUUUGAAAAAAUAACCGAUGUUAUGUUCCCUACUGUUACUGUCUCAACAGCGACAUUCACAUCUCCUAGCCUCUAAUGCAGAUGUGUUAGACUAUAGUGGAAAAUGACUACAGAACCAUACAAUAAAGAAUAACGUAUUCUCUCACAAUACACGGACAUUUUGUUUACUAUGGGGCUUUAUUUUUUUAGCCUUUUAUUAUGGAAUAUUUUAACAGAAUGAUACAAUAAAACUUCACAUGCCAUCACCUGGCCUCAGCGAUUAUCCACUCAUGGCCAAACUUGUUUGCUCUAAACCGAGACUCACUCCUCCUUACCCUCAAGUUAUUUUGAAUUCUUAAUUGCUUGAUGUUCUCAGAUAUCAAAUAGUUUUAUCCAUAAAUAAGGAAAAUAACGAAGUCCAUGCUGGGCAUUAGUCAUGGCUCCAUGCUUCCUUGCAGGAGCCCUGGUGAUAAUUAUUGCAUGAACUGGUGUCUUUGCAGUGAGUAAUCCCACAGUGUAUCAUAAAGGAAACCAGAAGCUACUCACAGGUGGUGAAAUACCAACAUCUACCGACUCCAUCCAUUUUUAAAAUAACCUUAUUUUAUAUCCUGUGGCCUAUGAAAAUGCAUUGCUGCUCCCUGUUGUUUCACACGACUGCUAUCAGGCUUAUAUGAAAUACCUGUAAAACCCCAUGCAAUGAAAAGGAAUUAUUGCUUAUCACCCCAAAACUGUAUUGCUUUUGACCUAAGAUAAACAAUUAGCUCAUGGACAUGUUGCCUCAGCAAGCCUUGUUGAUCUUUCAUAUUCUGUCAUUUGGGGUUUUGAAAGCUCAGUUUACAGAUGACAUUUUAAUAUCUUGAGAAAUGUCUUGCAAGAAAUACAAAAUACUUGUAUUAAAAUUAAAAAUUAAAAUGUCAAAAUUAAAAAUAACAGCCUUACUGCUGAGGCCACGUGUGGCAUUUAUCAUCAAUUGUUGCCGGCUGCUCUUUGGGCUCUAAGACCCAUCAAUGUUUUAGAUGUCUUUGGGGCCCCAAGCCCUGGGCUUGCUAUCUCAGUAAACAAAACAGGGCCAUAAGCAAACACAGUGUUCCCUAUUCCACUGCAGCUGUCCUACACACCCUUACCUCCUACUACUGUCAUUUUAUCGCUGCAAGUAUGGAAGGGUAUGGUUCUCAAAACACCCUGACAAGACCUAUCUCUGCUUGAAAUAUGAAUGUUAUACAUACAAGCUUUCUGAUGAGAAAGACACUUGCAGAAUCACAUUUGGUUCCAUAAUAUUCUAAGGCUUGGCUUACUUACAUAGGCUUCUCCAGAGAGGAAGAGUUGUUUUUGUAACGAUUCUACUGAAAGUGAGAAAGACCUUUCACAAGGUGUGGAUAAUUCAGUACGAACAGAUCUCAGGAAAGACAGUUAUGCAAGGAACACUUAACAUGCUUGCUUUAAUUUAAUAACUAGGGAGAAUAAUUCUACGUAACAUUUCAAAUGGAAUAUAUACCGUCUUGGUCACAUGCUGUAUAGUGUUUUUAAUGUUUAAAAGAAAAGUCACCAUUUAAUCUGAUUCAUCUCAGCAAAAGCUUCACAAGGAACCAUCCCAAUUACACACGGAUGCAGCCCUGAGCAAAGUCGGUUCUGAUGCAUUUAGGCCCGGUGGACAGCAGCAGACGAGCACGAUUCAGAUAGGACAGCUAAAACACCUACUGAAAGCAAAACAAAAAACACACAAGGAAAACAAGCAACAGUAUCCCUUGGAGAAUUUGUAAAAGCUGGGGUGGAUUAUGUAAGGAGGCAGAAGGAACCCAGCAUUCUAAACAUGAGAUUUACAAACUUCCAACAGCGCUUUAGCCACUGGACA